ACGACACGACGCGACAAUGCAAGGAGCAGGGAGAGGAGCGUGCAUGCGACUCAUGUAUGCAGGACACUCAGGACCGGAGGCAAUGAGAUUCAUGGGUGGCUGCUGUGCCAAGGCAGGACCAGUUGGUGGGCCACUGUCUCUCCGAGGUGGAUUUGGAACUGGCGCCAUGUUCGGAAAAGGAGGAUGGGGCAAAGGGAAGGAAUGCAAGUAUGGACGAUGGGGAGAGUCCGGAAAGGCGAUCGAAUUCACUUCCUCGUACAAGAAUGCCGAUGCGGGAGCUUUUUCCGGAGCUGGAACCGGAGAUUCCCAAGAAGCUCAGUUCACACAGCAGGAGAUGUGGAGGGGCAGAGGUCGCUGUAGGAAGGGGUACGGCAUGGGCCAAGGAGGUUUUGGAACUGGACAAUGCAAAAAAGGCGAUUUUCCAAGGAGUUGCCGUAAGCAAGCCAUGCAUGGAAGCAGGCAGGGUGCCACCGCGGAAGUUGCUGCCUCGAACGAGGCCAACGACUCGUCUCCUUCAAAUGUGCCUGGCAACUGUUGCAAAGGCAGACGAAUGGGACGGAGGAACUGCAGGCAGCCAGCGAUGGCAAAUGCUCCAGGAGAUCAUGUCUAGGAGCCUAUGAAAAUUAGCUCCUCACAGACUCUAAUGGGCGAAAGGGGGCGAGGAGGAGAAUGAGUAAGUUUGUUUCAAGAAAUCAAAUCUUUCGCGGUUUUGAUGCGAUUUCAUGUUGUGCUUAAUUCUUUCUUUCUCUGUGUGUGAAGUGUGUAUCAAGUGAGGAUCGAGCCCAUGUUUCGCUUAAAAAGAAUUCUGAAUACAGAAGUCAUC